AUGACGCUAAGAAAGCAAAAACGGGUCGGCAGGGAUUCUCUUAUAAGAGCCGAAAAACUCCUCGAUGACUGCAGGUAUGCUGCAGCAGCAGCAGCAGCAGCAGCAGCAGCAGCAGCAGCAGGAGCAGCAGCAGCAGUAGCAGCAGCAGCAGUAGCAGCAGCGGCAGCAGGAGCAGCAGGAGCAGGGGCAGUAGCAGAAGCAGGAGCAGCAGGAGCAGCAGCAGGAGCAGCAGCAGCAGGAGUAGUAGUGGUGGUGGUGAUAGUAGUAGUAGCAGCUGCAGCAGCAGCAGCAGCAGCAGCAGCAGCAGCAGCAGGAAUACGAGCAGCUGUGGUGUGUAUGUUGCUGCUGCAGGCUGGUAGAGAAGAAAACCGGCACUACCGUCUGCCGUCUACCUACGCAUUGGGUUCUCCCUUGCCUGCCUCUUUGCUGCCUAUAUCUGAGCCGUUGCUGCUAGCAGCACAGCAGCAGCAGCAGCAGCAGCAGCAGCAGCAGGCGGCAGCAGCAGCAGCAGCAGCAGCAGGAGACACAGCAGCAGCAGCAGCAGCAGCAGCAGCAGCAGCAGCAGAAGAUAACUCUAUAAACAAACCAACCCGCAGCAACUUCUGCUUCAUCAGGAGGAGAGGGCGAGGGGGCCGUCUAUGGAUAGACAGGCUACCCUAUAAACCCCACCAGCACGAGCAGCAGCAGCAGCAGCAGCAGCAGCAGCAGCAGCAGCAGCAGCAAGAGCAGCAACAGCAGCAGCAGCAGGGAGGGGGGAAGAGGGCCCCCCGCAUGUGGGGUAACGGCCAAGACAGCAGCAGCAGCAGCAGCAGCAGCAGCAGCAGGAUAUCCUUCAACCCGUUUGACUAUAGAGGAGCAGCAGCCGACGGAGCAGCAGCAGAAGCAGACCCAGCAGCAGCAGCAGCAGCAGCAGCAGCAGCAGCAGCAGCAGCAGAAGCAGAGACAGGAGACAGUAUAUGUGAAAUAGAAAAGGAGACACCUGACUUUGAGCCCCCUUUUGCUUCUGCUGCUGGGGCCCUAGACCCAGACAACUGCGGAGGUAAACUCUCCUGCUGCAGCAGCAGCAGCAGCAGCAGCAGUAGCAGCAGCAGUAGCAGUAGCAGAAGCAGCAGCAGUAGUAGCAGUAGCAGUAGCAGCAGCAGUAGCAGCAGCAGUAGCAGCAGCAGCAGCAGCAGCAGCUGCUGCAGCAGCAGCAGCAACAGCAGAAGUGUACAUUCACAUACACAGAACAAUAGAAGAAGACAUGGGGCCCUAGACCCAGACAACUGCGGAGGUAAACUCUCCUGCUGCAGCAGCAGCAGCAGCAGCAGCAGCAGCAGCAGUAGCAGCAGCAGUAGCAGUAGCAGAAGCAGCAGCAGUAGUAGUAGUAGCAGUAGCAGCAGCAGUAGCAGCAGCAGUAGCAGCAGCAGCAGCAGUAGCAGCGACAGUAGAGCAGCAGCAGCUGCAGCAGCAGCAGCAACAGCAGAAGUGCUUUCAUCUAUUCUCUAUACACAUGUAUCUGCAGGAGCAGCAGCAGCAGCAGCAGCAGCAGCAGCAGCAGCAGCAACAGAACAAUAG